AUGGGGCAAAAGAAUACAACAUCACUGCCUGUGUUCAUCUUGAUGGGAAUUACAAAGAACACUGAGUUUCAGCUUCCUUUGUUUGGGGUCUUCUUCAUCAUCUAUGCAGUUACUGUUGUGGGCAACCUGGGCAUGAUUAUUUUGACCAAACUGGACUCUCACCUGCACACCCCUAUGUACUUUUUCAUCAGACACCUGGCUUUUAUUGAUCUUGGAAAUUCCACUGUCAUCUGUCCCAAGAUGCUGGUGGAUUUUGUUAUGGAUGAAAAAACCAUUUCUUUCUAUGAAUGUGCCACACAGUUGUUUUUCUUCCUUAUGUUCAUUAUCAGUGAGUUUUUUAUCUUGUCUGCAAUGGCCUAUGACCGCUAUGUGGCCAUCUGCAACCCUCUGCUCUACAGUGUGAUCAUGUCUCAGAGACUUUGCCAUGUGAUCGUGGGCAUUCCAUACAUUUACAGCACCUUCCAGGCUCUGCUGUUCACCAGUAAGAUUUUCACAUUAUCUUUCUGUGGCUCGAACAUCAUCAGUCAUUUCUACUGUGAUGAUGUUUUCUUGUUACCUAUGUUGUGUUCACAUGCAGAAGAAAUACAAUUGCUGAUCAUAUUAUUUUCAGCACUGAAUUUGAUCUCCUCUCUUCUGGUAGUCCUUGGAUCAUAUGUUCUGAUUCUGCUAGCCAUAUCUCAGAUACAUUCUGCAGAAGGUAGAAGAAAAGCUUUCUCUACAUGUGGAUCUCAUCUGACAGUGGUUGUGGUAUUCUAUGGUACUCUAUUCUUUAUGUAUUUACAACCUAAAUCUACUCACUCCUUAGAGAAUGACAAAAUAGCCUCUGUGUUUUAUACUUUAGUGAUACCCAUGCUUAACCCAUUGAUAUACAGUUUAAGGAACAAAGAGGUUAAAAAUGCCUUCUACAGGGUAUUAAAGAAUCAAUUUAAAAUGAAUACUUAA